CUAUUUUGUAUUUUCUGAACAGUUUGUCACUUUGCAACUGUGUCUUGCCUCCAGGUCUUGACUGGAGCUUAGGAAUGUGACACUUUGGCAGAAUCAAAGGUUGGUUAUGGCGGGACUUUUCUGUGCCUUCUUUGGAAUUAGAGGCAAGAUAAAGGUCUAAGUCAUGUUUCCUGGGUUCAAAAUCAACAUUGUCUCUUUUUACAUAUGACUGUUUUAUUAUCAUAUGUGUGUCUCAGUUCCCUUUUCUACAAAUAGUGUAUAAUAAUAAUAAUAGUGAAUAAUAGUGCCAACCCAACAUCAUUGGUGUUGGGGCUGAAUGAGGCAAUGGGUAUAACAAAGAACAGUUGAGUAAUGGUAAGUGCUCCAUUAACAUCUCCUCUUACAAUUAUUAGUAUUAUUUCCUCCAGGUACAAUAAACAUGAAUGGAGCAAAUGGCAGCACACAAAACCAUUUCAUCCUUUUGGGCUUUUCUCACAACCCCUAUCUGGAGAGGACCCUCUUUGUGGUCAUCUUGAUAGCUUACCUCCUGACCCUUGUGGGCAAUACCACCAUUAUCCUGGUGUCCCGGUUGGAUCCCCACCUCCACACCCCCAUGUACUUCUUCCUCACCCACCUCUCCUUCCUGGACCUCAGUUUCACUACCAGCUCCAUCCCACAGCUGCUCUAUAAUCUCAAUGGACAUGACAAGACCAUCAGCUACACAGGCUGUGCCAUCCAGCUCUUCCUGUUCCUUGGUCUUGGGGGUGUGGAGUGCUUGCUGCUAGCUGUAAUGGCAUAUGACAGGUUUGCUGCCAUCUGCAGGCCCCUUCACUACACAGUGAUCAUGAGCCCCAGGCACUGCUGGGGCUUGGUAUCUGUGGCCUGGGGGUGUGGAGUGGCCAACUCUUUGAUUAUGUCUCCAGUGACCCUACACCUACCCCGCUGUGGACAUCACCAGGUGGACCACUUCCUGUGUGAGAUGCCAGCUCUGAUCCGGAUAGCCUGUGUCAACACAGCUGCAGUCGAAGGCACCAUCUUUGUCCUGGCCGUGGGCAUUGUGUUGUCACCCCUGGUGUUUAUCUUGGUUUCUUAUGGAUACAUUGUAAGGGCUGUGUUGCAAAUCCGCUCAGCCUCAGGAAGGCAAAAGGCCUUUAACACUUGUGGCUCCCACCUCACUGUGGUCUCCCUCUUUUAUGGAAACAUCAUAUACAUGUACAUGCAGCCAGGAAACAGCUCCUCCCAGGACCAGGGCAAGUUCCUCACCCUCUUUUACAACAUUGUCACCCCACUUCUCAAUCCUCUGAUUUAUACGCUCAGAAACAAGGAAGUGAAGGGGGCUCUGAGUAGGCUGCUGUGGGGUGACAGAGAGGUCAGGAAGAAAUAAGGAGAAAUUCAAGGCUUAGGCACCCCAAACCUGGACUUCCCUUCCUGCAGGGAUGUUGCUAGCCUCAGAAUUGAGGGAUCACAUCCUGAGAUU